AUGGACUUACAAUAUUCCUCGGCAUCGGAACCCUAUUGCAUAUACAAUCGUACCGAAUAUUCCUACAUUAAUGUAACCAAAACAAGAGAAGUAAAAGUGGCCCAACCUUGGUAUAAAAAGCUCUCCAAACCCAAAACCAAAAUCGAAGAAUAUGUCGAACAAGAGGCGGUGGCAAAAAUUGUUCCUGUACGAGGCUGUUGUGAGGGUUAUGAAAUGUCCGAACUGCAAAUGUGUGAACCACGUUGCCUUAAGACAUGUCCACAAAAUUCCAAAUGUGUUGAACCGGAGGUGUGUAAAUGUUCGCCCGGCUAUUUCUCUUCAUUUUCGGAACGUGAUGGUCGCCAUUAUUGUGAACCGAUCUGUGAGAAACCCUGCCCUGCACAUAGUGAAUGUGUAAAGCCUAAUGAGUGUGCCUGCCACAAUGGUUAUCAUCUGUUUGAGGGUACGGAGUGUAGACCUUAUUGUGCUUCAGGCUGUCCCUUCCAGGGUAAAUGCAUAGCACCCAAUCAAUGUGAAUGUUCGGAGGGCUACAAAGCAGAACAGGGAACAUGUUCGGCGAUUUGUUCCCAGGGCUAUGUAUGGAAUGUAAAUACCAAAGAAUGUGAACCAAAUCCAAAUGGAGCUGAAGAAGAGCAGGAAUAUCAACCUUUGAAAAAUGAUCCCCAACAGGAUACGAAUUCUUCAACGGAAAGGCAGCCAGAAAUCGAGACAGACAUUGAUACCUGGCGGGAAGAUGUUGAUCCCAAUCAGGUAUUUGAUGAAAUUAUUGAGACCACCACCAGCACCACCGAUAACUUGGAUGGUGGAAGUCCAAGUAGUGAUAGUGGGGAUGGGGACCACACCAAAUGUCCCGAUGAUUAUGUGCGCUAUCGAGGCCAAUGUCAGCCCUUGAAAUUUGCCAUUGAUGAAAUUGAUUGUCGGCUAAAGCCAUGCACAGAUCCUCAUGCAAUUUGUAGCGAAAAUGGAACCUGUUCCUGCCAAGAGGGUUAUAGAAUGUUAAAGAGAGCCUUUAAUCAGGCAGAUACGACAGAGUCCACGAAACCUGUAAUAAAAUCAGUUUGUUUAACGCCAGAGGCAUAUGAGAAGUUUAUGGCAAAUCCUACAGAGAAUUUUAAUGAUCAUGAGAUAGUGAAUGUAAUUGAAGAAUCCUCACAUAUUACGGCGAUAUGCUUAUCGGUCGUGGGAGUCCUUGCCUUGGUGGCCGCUUUGAUUUAUGUCGGAUUGAGAUUUGUGCGUCGGCAACAUGAUGAAAUGGAUGUGGAGGGCAAACAGCUAGAAUGCACCUAUGAUAGUCGAGUGGGCACAGAUGCCGAAAAAUCUGUAAUAUAA